UCUAGUGAGAAAGAGUUGAAACAGCAGCAAGAAUGACCACUCAAAAGCAAAGUUUUCCUUCCUUUGCUUCCAUCAUUUCACUUUUGUCGAUUGUGUUUUACUGUGUUGGGUUUAUUGGAGUUGAACUGGAGUUGAACGAUCACAAGGAAAGAAUACACGAUCUUGAAAGCGUGGCGGAGAUAACAUCGCCUGCAAACGAGCCACAUGUCCGGAUCAGCAAAGCUGUUUCUGAUAUCCAGUCCCAUAAACUCAACAGAAAUAAGCGAAAUGUCGACAACAAAACAGAAGACUUUCAAGAAGAGGAAAAAAUGGCCAAAAUCAACAAACUUUUACUUCAACUCUGUCACUCAAAGGAUUCCACUUGCACGUCAGGUCCACCAGGCCCUCCCGGUCCACCUGGACCUAAAGGAAAUAGAGGGCGACGAGGACAGAAAGGGAAAACUGGAGAUAAAGGGGAUAGAGGCAAAAUGGGAUCCCCAGGAAAGAGAGGAAAGCAAGGCAGUAAAGGACCCUUCGGGAUAAAGGGAGAGACUGGAGCCAAAGGGCAGAAAGGAGAAAGAGGAGGGACAGGCAUACCGGGAACCAAGGGAGAGCCUGGUCAAUCCAUUUCAUCUCCUACUGUAGUUGUUUCUCCUGCGACCUUGACGGUUAACGAAGGUAGAUCGGCCUUGUUUCAGUGCUCGACUAACGGCAAUCCCACGCCUACAACAGUGUGGGGUAAAGUGAACAAUGGAUCAGAACUCAGUCAAGCAGUGGUUUCAGGGAAAGCAUUGCUGUUGAGAAACGUGACAGGAAACGACUCGGGAAUGUAUCGGUGUUACGCUACAAACAUCCUUGGAAAGGAUCAGGCUACAGUGCAGUUAGAGGUCAACGUUCGUCCACGUAUUACUCUUUACCCUGGGAUCCUCCACGCCGUUGAAGGGAGUGACGUCACUUUUCCAAUAUGUCACGUGACUGGCCAUCCACAGCCUGUAGUCACAUGGAGCAAGUCAUUUGGUGGUCAUUUACCUCAUAGGAGGGUUCAGCUUAACAGCAGUGUGAUCAAACUUCUUAACGUCCGUAAAAGUGAUUCAGACACAUACCUAUGUACUGCCACGAACCUUGUAGGAAGUGAUGUAAAGAGAUUUGCCUUAAUCGUGGUAUCUUUACCACAGUUCACUGUCAAACCACCCGCGAAAACUAUUGCGUUUGCCGGCGACGCUUUGAUGUUAAAUUGCAGCGCCACUGGUGAUCCAAAACCAGUCAUGAAAUGGAAGAGACUUGGAUCAGCACUGCCUUUGGGAAGGAGCCAAAGGUUACAAGAUUCACUGAUUAUAAGAGAUUUGAAAGUGGAAGACUCGGGAUAUUACGUUUGUGUGGCCACAAGUGCAAAAUUGUUUACUGUAGACACUGUCAGCUACGUUGAGAUAAUUCCUAAAGAUCGAGAUUGUUCAGAUGUGUUAAAAUCAGGCCAUACUCAGAACGGAGUAUACUCUGUUAACCCAGAUGGUGAAGGACAAUUCAAUGUUUAUUGUGACAUGAGCACUGACGGUGGAGGCUGGACCGUGUUUCAGAGAAGACAGGAUGGCCGGGUAGACUUCUAUCGGGGAUGGCGCGACUACAAAAUAGGCUUCGGUCGGCUUACUGGCGGGUUCUGGUUAGGAAACGACAAGAUCCACAGACUGACGGCUGCUAGAUCAAGCUCUCUUCGAGUGGACCUAGAGGACUGGAAUGGAGUUAGAGCAUAUGCAAAAUACGGAAAGUUUAACAUUGGUGAUGAGCAGGCGCGGUAUCGACUUGAAGUGGGUUCAUAUUCAGGGACAGCUGGAGAUUCGUUAGAACAUCAUAAUAACAUGACGUUUUCCACAAAAGACAGAGAUAAUGACAUUAUCGGGAGUACUAACUGUGCUGUAAGAUAUACUGGCGCGUGGUGGUACUAUGGUUGCCACACGUCCAAUCUAAACGGAAGAUAUCUCGGAAAUCAAAAAGAUAGCCGAGGAGCCAGGUGGUUUCACUUUAGACGUACUCUUUCCCUUAAAUUCACAGAAAUGAAACUGAGGCCGUCACCAUAGAAACAACAACAUAACUAGGUUCAAACCACCUGCCGGUAUCGUAGGCUCAAUAUCACUCACUCGUUCACUCCUGUUAACAGAAACUUAAAUUCGAAUAAUUCUACCGAUUCAAGAACACAGGUCUAAAACAGUUUUUUCUGAAGCUUUAUGGUUGUUAAAUGUUUCGUUGUUUGUGAUAUGUUUACUCCUAUUAGUGACUUUACUCCCAAUACAUAACUGAUACUUUCACAUAACUCUAUUUAGCUAUUGGAAGAAAAGAAAAAGCAGUUUGAUUACUGAAUCAACAAUGUGAAUUAACAGGAACUAGUUUAGAAAACUUUUAAAUGGCACGUUAGAAAACGCUGGACACAUUGCAAAACUUUUAUCAAUUCGCAGCAUAACUAGAUUUAGUCGCCGCUGUCAGCAGCCAUGGAAGCCAUACCGUAGAACAAGUCAAGGUCGAGCUCGAAUUAAGUUCGAGUCACGAGUUAAGUUCGAGUCAAAUUAAUUUUUCCCUUUUUGUAAAAAUAUUGUAUCGAUAGGCGAUACACUAUCCUUAUAGUUGUAAAUAAUGAUAAUAAAAAACUAGCACCCUAAAAUUAGAUGCUCUUGUAUCCCUGGUGCAUCAUUUCGAUACAUAAAACAAACCAAAAGUAAAAAACGGGAAAAAUUUAGUCGAUAAGGACUUGACUCGUGACUCGAACUAGACUCGGGCUCGAACGUCACUCGGGCUCGAGUCUGACUCCAGCCACGGACAGUUUUGUUAUCUUUGUUAUCAGUUGACACUGACACUGAGUAUAGCCUGGCCACCAGCGAAUGGUCUUACUAAAGCUUAAUACUAUAUAAGCGAUAGCUACCCCUCUAUCCUCGAGUGUAUGUAAGUAUUAGAACUCAACUGGUUGUUACUAUGGUUCUAAGGUCUAAUUGAGGCUUUAGAUACUGGCUUGAUAUACUCCAUGUUAUUAGUGACCUAACUUACUCAACUUUACAUUAUCAUAAAGUAAGUUUGUUAAAGCGGUAUUAUACCAUUGAAUGUAGAGGUGCCAUUUAGAUGCUGCUAUGGGGGCAAGUCCCUUGCUUAAGGCCGUUAAAUACAUUUGCAAUAUUAAACGAC